ACUUUUCAGCUCUAGCUUCGACUUGGUUUUCCAGGACUUAAGGACCUAGAAGAUGCGAGGAGCCGUGGUGCUGACAUUCUGCAGUCUUGCCACUGCAUGCUUGAUUACCAACUGUCCAAAGGGUGGCAAACGCAGUAUAUCUACUGUAGACAACACUUUGGGAACUGAAAUAGCAUGUCUUCGCUGUGGACCUGGACUACAGGGCCGCUGCCUAGGCCCUGCCGUUUGCUGUGGCCCGCGCCUGGGCUGUCUGAUAGCCACUCCUAGAAUAGUGAGACAGUGUGCAGGUGCAGCAAAAGGUCCCAGCCCACACGGCAAGCCUUGUAUCACCCCCUCCGGUCCGGGCGUCUGUGCCACUGAUGGUGUCUGCUGCAAUUCUGAAUCCUGUCAAAUUGACCUCUCCUGUGAGAUGGAACCGUUUGCAGAUAUAUGUCCUGCCGAUAAACCAUCUCAAUAAAACCAGUUUUAAUUUUACAAUAAAUUGAUUUUAUUUUAAUUUUAA